UGCCAUAAAAGUUCUGUUUUCAAAUCCUUUUGAAGAUUGCCCUUUAUAUUUUGACGUCGUUUUAUGAAUAUGGCGGCUUCGUCUGAUCUCUCUAUGAUACUUCCUAGGGUUCUUAUCGUCUCUCGAAGAACCCUUCGCAAGAACAAGUUUGUGGAUUUUGUGGGAGAAUAUCAUCUAGAUCUAAUUGUGAGCUAUGGAGCUGUACCUGUGAUCGUCCCACGAGUCAGUGGUGUUCACAUGCUCUUAGACAGCUUCGAGCCCAUUCAUGGAGUUCUCCUAUGUGAAGGAGAAGACAUAGAUCCCUCCCACUACGAAUCCGAACUCUCAGGAUUUUCCCCUCAAGAGCUCCAAGAAAUCAGAGAACUCCACGCCAGUGACACUGCAAUCGACAGAGAAAAAGAUACAAUCGAGUUAAGGCUUGCAAAACUCUGCCUGGAAAGAAACAUCCCAUAUCUUGGAAUUUGCAGAGGCUCACAGGUGCUCAAUGUGGCCUGUGGCGGCACGCUUUAUCAGGAUGUUGAAAAGGAACUCUCGAAGAAGAAUGGGAAUCUGCAGAGAGUUAUGCAUAUGAACUAUGAGAAUUAUGAUGGGCACAGGCAUUUGGUGAAGGUGGUGGACAAGACGCCACUGCAUGACUGGUUUAGGGAUUCUUUGGGGGGGAAUAAAAUGGAGAUUAUGGUGAAUAGUUAUCAUCAUCAAGGUGUGAAGAAACUUGCUCAGCGAUUUGUACCAAUGGCCUUUGCCCCGGAUGGCUUGAUUGAAGGGUUUUAUGAUCCUGACACUUAUAAUCCUGAAGAGGGUAAGUUCAUAAUGGGGCUUCAGUUUCAUCCUGAGCGGAUGCGCAAUCCUGAAACUGAUGAUUUUGAUUAUCCUGGAUGCCGAUCUGCUUAUGAGGAGUUUGUGAAGGCAGUGAUUGCUUAUGACAAGAAGCUUAGUUGCUCAGCAAGAAUUCCAAAUUCUGUCAAACUUAACCAGGAAAUGGAGAAGAAGAGAAAAGUACUUGUUCGGAGCUUCUCAAUUGCUAGAAACAUGUACAGUUCAGGCGGUGCAAAGGUUUCAGGUCAAGAAUCUGAAUUGCAAGUUGGGGCUGAGUUCCUUGAGGCAAAUACUGCGUUGAGUUUGCAGCAAGAGAAGAGGCUGAAGCAAAUGGGGGCCACAGUGAGGAAUGCAUCUUCAUAUAUUCAAAGAUUGAAGAUGAAUGAAGAGAGGGAGAGAAUGGCCCGAAAUAUAAUGGGGAAAAUGUCAAUAGAGCAACUUUCUGAACUCAAAUCAUUCUACCAUUUAAUGGGACAGAUCUGUUCUGAAUCCUUGGAGAAAAAGCUUCAUGAUCUAGUUGUUGUCGAUGAAGAAGACACCCACUAACUAUGAAAAUUGUGAAUGAAUUGUUUGUAAUGCUUUUAUUGUAAGUUAAUUGUGUGUAAGUUCUAUAUG